CGGCGUUCUUUCGUUCCUAGCUAGCUUGUUUCUACCCGGUCACUUUACGCAGACGGACUGAAGCAACAUGACAGCAGUUGAUGAAAACACAUCUGUGGAUGUGGGAGAAGGAGCGGAAAGUGAUGAAGAGGCCAAACUACAGAUGUUAAAAGGUGCAGCGUUUCUGACCACGGUGGCGUCUGCAGGGAUGAUCGCAGGAUUUGGCUCCACGUUAGCGCUGGCCAAGAAGAGAAGCCCGGACUGGUUCAGUAAGGGGGUCGCGGCGACGGCGGCGGCCCCGGAGAGCGGAGCCUCCCUGGCCCUCAGAGCUCUGGGUCGGGGCUCCCUGUACGCCUGCUGUGGAGUCGGCCUGCUCAGCUUCGCCGUGUGGAAGGCCCUCGGCGUUCACAGCUUACCGGAGUUCAGGCAGAAGAUGCGGUCCUUCUUCCCGUCCGUCCCGAAGACCCCCGAGGCUGCGGCCGGACCCGAACCUGUGGACUGGGACUCCGUCUUCAGGUCGAAGUGACCUGCUGCUGGAGGACCGAUCAAACGACAGAGACGCUGAAAAUAACCCGGCUGACGUGUUUCUAAAGAGCUGCAGAGACCGGGAAGAGACCUCGGGACCGGUUUGUUCCCGGUCUGGUUCCCAGCAGCCCCCCUGGUUGAAAGCGGUUGUGUGUGUGUCGUUUGAACGAGAUCCUGCGAUCUGACUUUGUUGGUUUUUGUCUUUUCCGGCGGGCGGAGGAGGGGAAACGGUUUAGCUUCCUGCUCUGGUGCUUUUAAUGUAAAGGAAGCAGAACUCCACUGAAAAUACGUCAAAUUCUGCCUGAUGGGGUUUAAAACAGGGGAAAAGGCCACGCGAUGAACUGAACCGGUGCUGAAGGCCAGACCGGUCGUUACACACUUUGUCCGUAAAGGUCAGAGGUCGCGGUGAGACUCUGGGUGGAUGUUCGGCCGCAGAGCGCCCUGCCUCGCCUGCUGACGGGUGGAGUCAGCGGCUUAAAAUAAAAGUGCAAAAUGUGAGUGCUUCUGUGUUUCUUUUAUUUCACAGCAGCGAUGGUUAUUUAAGCAGCCGACUGGAGGACGACACGCGGGAGAAAACAUCGGCGUGUUAGCAUGAUAGCGUUCGAAGGUUAGCUUAAAAUAUGUCAACAAAUGUUAGCACGUUACCAUGCUAACGUUAGCUUUCAAUCAAACAGCUAACAGGCUCUAACUGUUAGCGCUAAAUGCUACCAUGUUACAAUAUGAAAUGUACCCCGAUAAUAUUACAAUCUCACCACAAGAGCCAUUUAGUGGCCGUUCUGGAGCUUUUGAUCAUAUCACAUGAUCUUCCUCUGCAGAUUUGGUUCAGUUCUCUUGGAAAUGUGGAUUUCAAAUUUCCCUUUUUUUUUUUUUUUUUAAAGCACUAUAAGGGAAAAAAAAGAUUAAAAUUAAAUUGAAACAUCAACAACGUCCAUGUGCUGAGGGAAGAUCAUGUGAUAUGAUCAAAAGCUCCAGAGCAGUGAGAAAGGGCCCUUGCAAGUGCGAUCGUUGACUCCGCUCGUGCUAAUGUUCCUGAAAGCUGUUCGGCUGCGAUGCAACAUGCGAGUUAUUGAUAAGUUAUUAAGCAAUAAUUAACUUUACGUCUCUGUGCUGUAAUAAAACUUUACUUAAAUCCUGAAAACCGUCAAAAGUUUCCAAAGUCGUACAAACUGAUGAAACACCAGUCACGUCUUUUACUACAGUAAAAGUACAAGUACCUCAGACUGGUACUAGAGUAAAUGUACUGCAGUUAGACACAGAAUGAUGAUGAUGAUGAUGAUGAUGCGUUCAGUGUUCGGACUGUAAACAACAAACACGGUGGUUGUUUACUUGUUGUGUUUGGUAUUUCCGGGUUGCACGCGUCGUCUUCUGAAUGUUAACUAUAAACUAAACUUAACGCCGCUCGACGCGCUUUUAUUUUUGGCGUCUGCUUUGAAGAUCAUCGUGGGAAAUUACCGUUUGUUGAAAGUAGAGGCGGCGGCUUCGAGUCGGUUUAGCAGCGGAUGUUGAAGAUGGCAGACUGAUGAUAAAACUGUUGGAGACGAACAAAAUAAUCAGAGAAACUUGACGUUGUUAAGUGUAAAAGUUUCCACAGCUGUCACAGAUCGAGGAGUAAAAAAAACCCUUAAUUUAACUUGCUAAACAUUAGCAUGUUAGCAUGCUAACAACUAGUAGUUUAUGAUACCCAUAAGCACUGUAAGCUAAUGUUAGCAUGCUAAACUCAGUUGUGCUUUAAACUAGAUGCAAAUGUUAGCAUUAAAACGUUAGCUUCAUGCUAAGCUAAAGAACAUGAGUCUGACGGAAGUCGAGUUCAGUCCGACAGCGUAGCGCCGAGUCCGAAAUGUCCUAAAAAGGCCGCCGUACAGUCGUGAUUUUUGAGUAAAAAGCCGUAAUAUUACGAAAGAAGAGUAAGAAAAAAAAACUGUCGCUAGCUGAAACACAAGCUCGGCUCUCAUCAUGUUCUUUUAAAUAUUUUAUAAUUAUAUUUUAUCGGAAACUAAAUUUUACUUAAUUUUUACUUUAUCCUCAAAAAAAAAUCUAACUUUUUCUAUUAAAACUUUAUGCCUAUAACAUUUCCUUUAGACUAUUUUAACCCUUUAAAAGCUCCGAUACUUUAAAUUUAAACACAGACGUGACCCUCGGGAUAAACUGCGCGUUUAGCCCGAGCCGCUUGUCUCAACGGUUUUUGUCUUUUGCGGCGAACGUCGCGGCUUCGGCGGACUUGUAGUUGUGUUUGUUUCUGGAUUAAUGACUUGGACGCCCAGAGCUGCGUUCACAGUGCUCGACCAGAGUUUCGUGUACGUUUAUUCUUCAACAUGUCGUGGAACAAUAUAUAAAAGACCUCGAACUGAAGAAACGGCGUCUGUCAAAUCAAACAGGAGACGUUCUGGAUGUAGAGAUUUUCUUUUCUCUCUCUUUACAUUUGUUACAACUGUUUCCGAAGUCGCGUCAGUCAACAACAUGAGUACAGCCCCCGCCCCCCCCCGCCCCGCCCACCACCAACACCACCAGCCCCGACCUCCUGUACAAACAGUCUCUCGAAUCAAACGCACCCUCCCAGAUCAGACCCCAGAAACAUCCUGAAACUGAAGAUUUUCCUUAAAUACAGAAACAAAGUCUUCACCUGCUGGGAAGAGAGAAACUAAACGUUCAGGUGAGUUGUUUAGAAUAAAUGAUGACAGUUAAUUGAUCACCAGCUACCGAGUCGUGACACCGUCUGCAGGAGCUCGAAUGUACAUCGUCUAUUUACAGGAGGAUGACGAAGGGGAAUCCGGAUUUGACUUGGCGGAGGAAACACACAAAGUUCUUUAAAAAAAAAAAACAAAGUGACGUUCGAUACUGUUGUGGUUCGGCAAAAUACUGAUGGUCGAACUGCAGAUGGUCAAAUAAUUCACAUUUAAAGU